AUGGCUUUGGGUUAUCUACAAAUAAAAGGCCUUCUUCCCAGGUGGUCGCGCUGGUUCUACGAAGCCCGGCGCUUUUUCCUGGCGGCAUUUGGCCUCCAGCAACCUUCACAAUAUGUCCGUCACGAUUCCAGCCGUUUCGCAGCCCUUGAUAUCGGUUACCUGCUCAUCGAAACCAUCACUUCCGGAGAUACGCUGUCGUCAUCCUGGGAUACAAAGCGUGAUACUACCCGUCUACAAAAUCUACAAGGGGACUUGGCGAGGAUUAUGGUCUCGCUCGCGCGUAUUUGCCUACCCCGUAUUGGCCUUUUUAGCCUCGAUGGUAAUGGGUAUUUACGCUUAGACAAUCGGCCUAUUAGCGUUCAAUCUACGAUACACGAGAACGAAGGGAUCUCCCUACACAUGUCGCGGCGCACAACAUUCUCUAGCGUUCAAGAUUUCGUCUCCUCUCAACUAAAGACCUUCGAAACUCGAUUUAUGGAGCACCCGAACGCGAUAGAUUGCCCUGAGGAUGCUUGGUACCAGAUGGCUAGCCUAGCUGCUGCUAAGGUGGUAUUCCCACAACUAUUUCGAGACGAUCUCCGCAACGGCCCUUUUGUGUUUUCCUUGACCGACCUUCAUCGAAGUAACAUAUUUGUUGAUGAGAAUUGGCAUAUCACUUGUAUCAUCGACCUAGAAUUUGCCUGCUCAUGGCCUAUCGAAUUCCUUCAAACACCAUAUUGGCUCGGUGAUAAAUUUGUGGAUGAGGUCACCUCUGCCGACAUUACGCGUUUGCACGCAGACUUUAUGGAGCAUAUCAGACGUGAAGAGAAAUUGCAGUGCAGAGACACAGAUAUCUCAUCGAUGAUGCAGCAGUCGUGGGCUAACGGCACAUUUUGGGUCCCCUUGGCACUCAAGGAUCCUACACACUUUGCAGCAAUAUUUUAUAAGUGCAUCCUGAAAGACUAUUUUGGCUUUCCCGACGAAGAACUCGAUAAUGGCGCAUACUUUAGGUUCUGUUCCCCUUUUUUCCGCCGCGAUGCAUCGAGCAUCAUCGACCGCAAGCUAGGCGAUCGAGACAAGUACAUGAAGUCCCUUACGGAAGCCUUUGCCGAUGCCGCAGAGCGGCCAUCCUGA